AUACGUAUCUGUUUAUAAUGUUUAAUUUUAAUAUAAAUGAAAACAACACGAGUUCAAUGUCAAAAAAGUUCGAAAGUCUUACAUAAAAUGACAGAUUUAUUGCGUUAUACUUAUAGAGGCUUGAGAGCAAGAGGAGUGCGCUUGAGAACACACUUUAACCGAUGUUAUUUUCCGGUUCCUUAAUUCAGUUACAUUGCUGGAGCAGUGUAUUGAUAGUCCAAAAAGCUCGCCUUGAUUUAAACAUCAGAUUUCUAGGUGGCUUGAUAUAUUUUUCAAUAUUAAUUAAUCAAUUAAUUUUGUUUCGGGCUUUUGGCGAUUAAAGCGAUAAUGACAUCUGGAUACAAUUUUCGGUUGUUCGAUUAGUUUCAAGUGUUAUUGUUGUUCUUGGGUUGCUAUUUCUGCAGAAGUAUAAACCCGAAAAGUGGCAUCAGCAUUUUAUUGAUGUGCCUUUUUGGUCUGAAGCAAAUAUUUUUAAAUAUCCCGAAGGUGGAAACAUUUUUUGGGUCUGUAAAUAAGUUCUAGAGCAGAAGAAAAAAGCGAUUAUUGUUGUAAAGUCUUGGAGUAAUCAAUAUCCGUCGGUCCAAUUGAUACCGAUUAAGAUUUAGCUACCCUACAUUUGAACGGAUGUUGUUUCGAUAUUUUUAGCAAGCGUAAGAUCAGUGAGUACCGCAGACUAUAUUCCCAUUAAUUUCUACAAUCUCUAUACACCUCUUUCUCUCUGAGCAUAAAGAUAUAUAUCACUUUUUGUCGAAAUUCGAUAUUGUUUAUUUCAAUAUUGAUUUAUUUUAAAAUUAGUUCUGAAAUAAGGUCUAACCUAAUUACGACACACUAGUGAAUAAACACGUGAGGAAUUGCACUCAUUUCAAACGCAUUGUAAACUUUUUUCUCUAAAAUCUAUUUGACCCUCUUAAGUUGUAAGGCGCCGACUGCCAAAGCUUUGACUCUUACAUAAAGCACAAUGCCAGCUCUUGCUCCUACUCUUACCAUUUACUAUGUUGCUUCAAUGCAAGAAUUUCUACGAUGUUUAAUCUCUCAAAGGGUGUCGCACACACAAUGCACAAAGGAGAUGCAAACGAAAAGUAAGAAUUCAGGAAAGCAGCGUCAAUUGCGAUUUCUAGCGAGGGCAAGGGCUGAGUGCAGUGCACAGCCUACACGGCGUAUGCGGAACCGAAGAGCACUCGGUGCCUGGCGAUGUGCAAGAGAGCGAGAGUGCUGCAUUGUAACGGGAGAUGCAGUGGGCUGCUGUUGUUUAGGGUUGCUUCGGCUGCACCUGCGUACAUAUACACAUGCAUUCAUGCAUGUAUAUGUAAGAACCUACUGCCCUAAUAAACAGCAGCAAAACAACAAAGUCAAGCGAUGCAAAGUAGGCAAACACAAAUUGCGUUAUAUAUUUACACGCACCAGCACACACACACACACACGCAUAUAGGGGUCUUCAAAUGCACUCGCUAAUGUACAAAGUUGUAAACAGUAAUUUAAAUAUAAGUAAGUACGUGUGUGUAUGUACAUAUGUGUGCUAGAUUGUGGGAACAUGUGUGAAGAUCUAAUUUACAAGCUCUGCUGGGCAGUUCUGCAAGGGAUAAAUUGCUUUUGUUUAUUUUUUCGAGAUUAGUAAGCGAAAAUGUGAAAAACGUGCGAAGGAAAAAGGUGAAAAAGCGCGGCGCAGAGGGAAAUAAUGUGUCUGUUAGGUGUGGGUGUUGGCAGGUGGCUGUGUAUGAGAACAGGUUGAUUCAACUAAAUGCUUGUAAAUAUGUUCAUAGGUACAUAUAUAUGUAUGUACAUAUGUAUAUAUAUAAUAUAUAAGUAUGUAUAUAAUCAGUUCUUUGGUUUCUUCUGCACACGUCUGUGUGUGUGUGUGUUUGUGUAUGAAUAUGGGCAAGCUUGCGCACCUAGGAAACUCGAUCGACCGUGUUGGUGUGCUGUCCAUCGCAGCGCGUUGCUUUGGCACACGAGCGACUUUUCGUAACGGUGCAAAAAUAAAAUCAUUGCUGGUUGUUAUGUGUGUAUAUGUAUGUUUGUAUGUACUUUCAAAUACGAAGAUGAAUUCUCGUUAAACGAAAGGAAAAACGGCUGAUAGACGCGCUCUGAAAACCGUACGGAGCAUAGAAACGGGCAUAACGGUGACAGCCACGAGCGACAAACGACGGUGAUAACGGCGACAGCAGUGAUGAAAUUAUAAUUCUAUAACAAAUGUGAAAAAUCAGUUUAAAUAAGAAUAAUUUUUUAAAACAAAAAAUUAAAUAAAUUUUGAGUAAAAAUUAAUUAAUGAGAUAAAAUAAAGAAAUAAUAUAAGAGCUGUUCUCUGCGCUACAUAACGGCAAAAACAAUAUUCGUUAACGAAAGUGAAACUAAUUGAAGAUUGAUGUUUGUGUGCGGGUAUUUGGCGAGCCCCUGAUUUUUAGGCAUAGAGCUACAAUAAUAUAAGGAAACUAACGAAAAAGUCUGUAGAAAUAAUUUAUGAAAAAAAAAAUAAAAUUUGAAAAGUUUGAAAUUUGUUUAUAUUACGCAAAGAAAAAGUGUGCAGCGAUUUAAAGUUUAGUUUUCACGUGACACUGCUUGCCGCAUUAAACACAUAGAUACAUAAGCUUAAGGAUAUUUUUACGACUAACGUGCGUGCUAUGUAGCCAGAAAAAGGUGCUCAAAAAUAUUUAAAGCAACAAAAGCAAAAAACAAAUUUUAUAACUUUGUUUUCUACAUAAUUAAAUAAAGGUUUGCGACAACUUUAAAUGAAAGUUCAAUGUCAUAUCUUGAAGUCAGUGUAAUUGCAACAACAAUAGAAAAACUUAUAAUAAAUACUAGAAAUCAGCAGUAGCAGCAACACACAGCCAAUCAAUUGCAACGAAUUACAAUAUUUUAAAACUAGAAUAAAUUAAAAAAAAAAUACAAACGAAAAUAAAAAGUUUAUUUGUCAACCACUAACAACUGACAUAACGACGGCAACAAUUACAACAAUAAGAAAUAAAAAAUUAUCAACUGCAGCCAUUUUUUGAAUCAUCCGUACAAUAAAAAAUUGUUUGUCUAAACCACAGCAAAAACACCAACCAAACAACAACAUCAACAAUAGAUAUCUACAAAAAAGCGCAGCUAGAACAACAAAUAAAUAAAGGAAAAAACAAACAAAACAAGAUUUAUAAGCGCGUUUGUAAAUAAGUAUGUGUGUGUAACGGCAAGCGAAAUAUUCAAUUCAAGAUUACAUAUUCGUAUACAAAUGCCUUCAAUUCUAUAUAUACGUACAACAUUUUAUAUAUAGAAGUCUUAAAGACACUAACAGCAAAGGACCAAAUAAAAGCAUCCCAUAAACGUUUGCGUGUUGCAUUUGCUUUGAGCGACGAACUCAUCACGAUCAUAAGAUCAAAAGUAGUAAAAAGACCUCAGUGAACGUCACAGCCACCAAACAAAUCAGCCAUCACAACAAAGUCAUCAGACCAGGCAAAAUUACCCAAGUCCAAGUCAAUCGUAUACAGUGCAUCCAAACACCAUUGCGCUGACAGUAAACCAAAGCAUAAAACCGCAGUCAGAUCGGAAUAACUGUAGCCAAAGUGCGAAACAGAGCAAAGUAAAUCAAGAAACUAGAAAAAACGAUAAGCUCGGCCAAAGCUAUUUAAGCUGUAACGCUGAAAACAAAAGUAUCUGAAGCCGAUCUGAUCGAUUUGUGUGAUAGUUAAACGCAUCGACUGCAUUGCAUUGUCUCGCAUCGAUUUGUAAUCGAAAAUAAAACAAAGCAAAAAUCACAUCGCCUUGCAUUUGCAUCUCUCUGCAUUCACAAAAUUGCUUCAAGUAGCAAACAAUCAUCAUUGCGACACCACAUUGGGCAGGCAAAGGGGCGAUUAAUUAGAAAAUUCGAAAAACAAAAAACCCUCACUCACAAACAGCUCAUAUGCGCUUACGAAGCGAAAGCGAGUUUUGAAGCACGUCUUUAGGAACGAGAGAGAGCCAGCUGUGCAAUAAUAAAAAUAAGAAAAACAAAACAGUCAAGCAGUCAAAGCAGAGAUCGAGCGUGUAAGGAGCGUGUAGAAGUAAAGUCAAACUCAGUCAGAGCAGAUCGUUCCGUAGCAAGAUCGUUCGCAGUUCCAAAAUCGUAAAUUCGAGCAGUGAAUAGAAAAGUUGGAAAAGACAAAAUAAACAAAGAAAGAAAAGAGCAAUCAAAACAAACACCUCAGUUCAAUCAUUAGCUAUCAACCAAAUCCAAGAAAAGUAAAUAAAAAAAGCAAAAAUUUUGCACGUGCUGAAUAAUUAUCAAGUAAAAUUAGGCGCACGUCUAAUCAAAAAGCAUUAAGACAAAGCUCACAGUAAUAAGCAGUAACGAAACCAAACCAAACCACCACACUCACAUACCAAAUCAUUCAAGAGCAGUUAGUAGUGCGAGUAGUAAAAAUUCAGGUUAAAAUGGCCGAAGACGCAGCUAUGGAAACAUGCCCAAGCCCCGAAAUCGGCGAUUCUAGAAAAAGGCCACUAGAUUCCGAUCCGGAAAAUGAACAAACCAAACGCUCACAUUUCAGUUCCGCAAUCGAGGCAGCCAGUACCAACGCAAAAAAAAAAAAAAAAGCAGCAGCGUCUCCAUCGGCAACUGCGUUCAACGUCAGCCACAUAUCGAAAUUGACACCUACUUGCAUAGGCGCGCAGACACGCACACAUAUGCACCUUCGCACAGAGAAGCAACGAAUCGAAUUCAAAUCAAGCGAUUGGAAGCGAGAACAGCAGGAGACGCAUAGCAUUCGUCAAUAGUUGACACACACACACACACGAACGUACAAGUGUGAAAGUACCAGCUGAGUCAUUCAAUUCGCAGUCCAAUAACAAUUACGUCACUGCAUCUGUCAUCGCUCGCUAAUUGCGGUGUCUGAGCAAACACAUCACAUUGACUUGCGCUAAGUCAGUUAGUAAGUCAGUCGGUCGCGCGGCUAAUUAGACACUUGGCAAGGCAGCAGCCAGGGCCUCAGCCUCAGCUCUCUGCAAACACAAAAAAAAAGGACAGAAGUGUAAUAAAGAACACAGUCACGACGUUGGAGUGCAUCUGAGAGAAUUUUUAAACAGUGAGCCAAUAAAACCGAAGAGCACAAGCUGCAAGCAGCGAAAGGUGGACAAAAGUGUUGUUUUUAACGUUUAAGAGAAAAAUAUAAAACAACCAGAAUAGGUUUACGCAUACCCAUCUAAAGCCUAAUUGUUAGUGCAACAACCAACAACAACAACUGCGAAUAUUGUUACAUAAUUAAUAACAACAACUAGUCGAUAUAUGACAACAGCGCACAAGAGUCUAGCGAAGACACAAACCAUUGUGGUAAGAAUUAAGUGAAAACUGGCAACAGCCCAAGCGCGUCUAAGACAAAAAACUCUCUUAACACCACUGUCUCCUAUUGUAAAGGAAAUAAGAGAAAAAGUGAUCAAAUUUAAAACAAACAAUUUGAACUUCCGCAGCGGAGAAUUCGUCACAAGCGAUUCACGUGACAUAUAAACUCAAACAAAUCUAAUUGGAUAAAAAGAAAAUCAAGCUAUCAACAACACAAUUCCGGCCAUUAGCAGCAGAACCACGCCCAUAAAAAAACUUACAUAUAUUAAAUUGAAAGACUGAAAGCUCAGAGAAGCCACGGCAUUAGUACCUAUUAAACGCACACAUUCGCAUACGCAUAGAGAAAGAAAAACGGCACAUUUGUUGCUGCCACAGCAAGCGCACAACAUGACCCAACCCAACUCACCUGCAACGCUACAGCAACAGUUGCAAGUGCAGGCGAACUGCAACGGCUCGGCAGAGGGCCUCAUGAGCAACGCUUUCGACUUGAUUGGCGGUGCGAGUGCCGCACAGCAGUUCUUAAAUCAUAUGGACUUGUAUGCGCAACAACAGCGCCAGCAACAGCAGCAACAGUUGAACUAUCUGCAGCAACAGCAACAACAGUUGCACUCACAGUCACUGAUGGCCAAAUCACCGUCCACGUCGCCGACCAACUUCGGCAGUGGCGGCAGCAGCAACAGCAGCAGCCACAGCAACAUAACAAUCUCCACCAAUAAUUUACAUUCAAACUAUAAUCAACAACAUCACCAACAACAGCAACAACAUGUCGCCGCAGCAGCAGCAGCAGCAGCGGCAGCGGUGCAACAGCAUUUAGGCAAUAAACAUUCCAUAUCGUUGACAUCAUCGCCAAUCACAUCACCAACCAAAUCGAUACUCACACAAGUGGCUGCGACGGCCAGCAGUGUCGGUGCUGGUGCCGUUAGCGCCACCAGCACAGCAACUACGUCGCCGCCGUCAUCGUCGCCGCCAACCAUUCUAACUAAUUUCAAUUCACAACACCAUUUUAAUCUGCAUCACAAUAAUCACCAGAUGGAUUUACAACAACAACAACAGCAGCAGCAGCAGCAGCAACUACAGCAGCAAUUGCGUGAGCGCGAGUCGGCCAACGCUGGCCUCAACAGCAACAGCAACCAAACAAACAACAACAACAGUCCAAAUGGCGAACGACUGUCAAACGCCGCCGUUAUGGGCACAAUCACGCCCACCGGCGGCCACAGUCCCAACGGCGGCGCGCACCAUCAGCUGCAACAACAGCAGCAGCACAACCACGCCUUGGCGCAACACCAGCAUCAUCAUCAUCAACACGGCAACAGCACAUCGCCGUUCAAGCCGCCAAGCUCAGCUUCCUGUUGGUGUUAUGGUGAGUCAGUUUGUUCGGGAAUUGAGGUUGAAAUUGAAAAUAAUAACAAUUUCUCUCAUGGCGACUCAUCCUACCACAUGAAGAUCCUAGUGCCCGCCGUGGCCUCUGGUGCCAUCAUAGGCAAGGGCGGCGAAACAAUCGCCUCUUUGCAGAAAGACUCUGGUGCUAGGGUUAAGAUGUCCAAGUCCCAUGACUUCUAUCCAGGAACUACAGAGCGUGUUUGCCUCAUUACCGGCUCAGUGGAUGGCAUUAUGUCGGUUAUGGACUUUAUUAUGGAUAAGAUACGUGAGAAGCCUGAUCUUACCACUAAGAUUAUUGAUACUGACUCCAAACAGAAUCAGGAUCGUGAUAAGCAGGUGAAAAUUUUGGUGCCCAAUUCAACGGCUGGUAUGAUCAUCGGCAAGGGUGGUGCUUUCAUCAAGCAGAUCAAGGAGGAGAGUGGCUCGUAUGUACAGAUUUCACAGAAACCCAAGGACAUAUCGUUGCAGGAACGUUGCAUUACCAUUAUUGGCGAUAAGGAGAACAAUAAGGCCGCCUGCAAGAUGAUACUGUCCAAGAUUGUUGAGGAUCCACAAUCCGGUACAUGCCUUAAUGUCUCAUAUGCCGAUAUAAGUGGCCCAGUUGCCAAUUUCAACCCAACAGGUUCACCGUAUGCUACCAACCAGAAUGCCAUAAAUACGAGUACCGCUUCGUUGAACUCUACUUUGGGUCAGAAUAUUGGCGGUGCAGCUACAACUGCGGGUCUUUUAAUAAACGGCACAGGCAUCAAUUUAUCGCUGAACCUGAGCUCACCAAACCCAGCUCCGAACUUGGCGGUGGCCACACAAUUGCUUGAACACAUCAAGAUUGCACUACGAGGCUCCGGAUACUCAGAGAACGCCACCAACGAAGUGUGCGCCGCGCUCGGCGUACUUGCUAAAUAUGGCGUCUUGGGCAUGGGCGUCGGUGUACCACAUGCCAAUGGCACUACUACACUCGGCAGUUUUCUGGGUGUUACGACGUUGGAUCAGCAGACAGCUGCCGCCGCCUCAGCAGCUACUGCCAGUAAUGUUUUUGGUGCUGUGGGUCAAGUUAAUUUGGAACAGUAUACAGCGGCAGCGGCUGCUGCUGCUGCAGCAGCUGCCAGCCGUCCGACACAGUCGCACCUAGAAGCGGCCGCCGCCGCACAAUUCGACCCGUUCCGUCAUUUGAGCACAUCAGCCACAGCAGCGCAGGCCACCACACCGGUAUCGCUGAACAACAAUAGUUUCGGUUUGACUGCUGCCACCGGUACUACGUGCACAACGGCGCAGAGCCUCAGCGCUGCAACACAUACGCUCAGCGGCUUAAGCAAGAGUCCCACACCGGGCGAUCUGGGUGCUAAGGAUACCAAAAAUGUUGAAAUUCCAGAAGUGAUUGUUGGCGCUAUCUUAGGUCCAAAUGGUCGUAGUUUAGUUGAAAUCCAACAUGUUUCUGGCGCAAAUGUGCAAAUUUCAAAAAAGGGCAUAUUCGCACCGGGCACUAGAAAUCGAAUUGUAACAAUAACUGGUCAGCCGAAUGCAAUUGCCAAAGCGCAAUAUUUAAUUGAACAGAAAAUCACCGACGAGGAGACGAAGAGAGCGCGACAAAUUCCAUUAACCACUGUUGUGAAUUAAAGCGAAAAACAAUUUACACAAAAUAAAAAUUAAAAAUAAAACAACAACAAUAACAAUAACUGAAAAAACAACAACAUAAAAUAUAACCGAAAGAACAUAUUUUAAGAGAUAUUAAAACAAAAACCAAAACCUAUAAUAAUAAUGCAUACGGAAGAGCGAAAAACAACAACAACCAUAACCUAAAAAUUAAAACGAAAAGUUAUAAAAUAUGUAAAUAGAAAAUAUGAAUUAAAAUGCUGAAGACAAGAGCAGAGGCGAAAAAUAGUAAAAUUUGAAAAAGUUGAAAAUUCAUAAAGUUUAAAAUUUCACAUCACAAAUUUAGACAAAAGUUUUGAAAACAAAAAAUUGCCGUCAAAACCACGAAUGAUGGAAGCGUGCAAAAGCAACAAAAUGCAAACAAAUUUUAAAAAUCGAAAUAAAAAAUAUAUAGAGAGCAUUGUAAAUGAGAUGCGAAGAAAGAAGCGCGCUGCGAAUAUUGUAAUAUAUGAAAGUAGAGAUUUUAAAGCAAGAAAUUUAGGAAAAAAUUAUAUAGAUAAAACUAAGCGCUCGCUUAGCCAGCAGAGAACAAUAACAAGCAAAACAAAAACAAAAUUAAACAACUGAAGUAAUUACAUAAUGAAUCCAGAGCGAGACAUACAUACAUACAUAGAUACAUACAUAUAGUGUAGGAAAUAAUUAGGAUGAGUUUUAUUAUAAUUUUUAAUAGCGAAAAUUGAAACUAAUUAAAAAUAAUAACAACAAAAAGUAAAAAAACACUGUUAAGUAAUGUUUAACUAUAUAUGAUAUGAAAGUUCGUUAAUUGUAGUUGGAAAAGUGCGAAAUAUUUACUUGAAGCAAAAGAGUUAAGCUAAAAGCAAUUAAGUUAGAACAAGUGAGAACUAAAGUGAAGGCAAGCAAAACACCUGAGCAGACACAUACAAAUAUAAAUACGUUUUUCACUUACAUAGCUAAAUUGUAAAAAGUUAGAGAAAUAAAAAACACAAAUUGUUUACUCUGAAAAUAUAUUUAAAUUUAAACGAAAAUCCACUUCUGUAGUUAAAAGCGAAAACUUUCCAUAAUAAAUUGCGAUAGAUUUGUUUGGUAAAUAUAAAAUACAAAAGAAAAAAUAUAAAUAAAUAUACAUACCUUACUAGUUGUGCGCUGCAGUUAAAAACACUACAGAAAAAUAACCAAGGGAGGCACUUUUGUGCACACACACACACUCACAUACGCACUUAAGCGGAAUUAUGUUUUUGAAAAAAAUUAGAACAAUUUUUUAGAUAAUUUUAUUGUAUGCUUUCUAAGCCAAAAUGUAACUGAAAAGCGUAUUGGCCAAAAAAAGUUUUAAAAUAUUUUCUUAGUUUUUAGUUUUUCUUACAUUUUAGCGCUUUCAAUAUCGGCAAAAAUUAAUCUACAAUUCUUGGUUUUAGAACUACAUAUUAGCACUUUAAUCAGAUGUGGUGCUCAAAGUGUUAGCAAUUCCAAGUCCGUUAUAUUUUGUGUGUCUAAUUUGAUAAAACUUAAGUUCUUGCUUUUGCGACUUUUAAGCGCUUCAGUCUUUAUUUUGCUUUGUUCGUUUUUGUUAUUGGAUGCUAUAUUAAAAAGCAGUUGAAAUAUAUGUGUGGAAAAGAAUUUUUAAAAUAAUAAUUACAAUAUUAUGACUGCGGUUAAUUUUUAUUGCUUUCAACUAUAGCACUUGUUAUUGUUCCUCAAGCUUUCUUGCAAAUAUAUCUAUUAUUUUUCAUUUGUUAUUUUUAUAAAACAAAAAAACUUAUAUUUUGUUGCUUUUGAACCGCCUGUUGAGCAUUUUCAGUGAUUUAUAAGAAUUUUCCUUUACAAGAGUUGCAAAUAAUUACACUGUUUAACAUACAAUUGUAUACAACAUUGUUUUAAGUACUUGUGGUUUGAGUUUGUACGAACAAGCGUUAAAAAAGACAACCUGAAGAAAGAAAAACCAAAAAAACAAAAAAAAAAUAUAUACAUAUAUAUAUGUACAUAUAUACAGUACUGAAAACCACGUCAGAAAACUCUCACGCGUGCGCCCUUCAUUCAGCAUACCCAUAUUAUAGAAGGUAAAUAUUUAGCUUUAAAAGUUACUUAGUAAUUUACGUGGUUGCUUUAAAAUAAUUUGCAAUAUUUUCUAAUUUUUAUUGAUCUCCCUGUUUUUUUUUUUCUUUAUUAUUUACAAACCUAUAACAACGUACUAUUUUUUACUAAUAGAAGGCGUACAUGAGCGUAUAAUGUGAAGCUUUAAGACGAAAGCUUGCAGUGAAAGCGUUUUGUGUCAAAUGCGAAUUUGCCGCUCAAAUUUGUGAUUUUCGCUUAUUACCCUGUCCAGCCUAUGCGCUAGCCUGUUUUACUUCUUAUUUCUCAUUGUUUUGCCUUCCUCUUUCCAAUUUUUGUUGCUGACAAACUAUUUGCAUAUAAAUUUUUGUUUAUUUUUUUUUUUUCUAACUGCUGUUGCUACUCACGGCAGCAUUGGCGUUUUGAUUUGUGGUAUAUGGUACAACAACAAAUAAUGAACGGAUUUUGUGACUGAUGACAAUAUACAUGUUGUUGUUGCCAUUGUGGAGGAUGAUACGGUGGUUGUUUGGCCGCCUUGUUGAUGGAAAGUGGUAAAAAUGUGUUGCGCGCAUUCUGAGUCUCCUUACAAUUUGAUUUUUUUUCACGAGUUACACACUCAAAUUUAUUUUUGCAAUCUAAGGCUAUUUAUGUUAUUUGUUUAUAUUCGAUUUGUACACAUUGCUUUUAAGUUUUUAAUUUUCAUAACGGAAAAUAUUCCUUUUUUGAAACAUUGCCCUUGUAUACAUUUAGUUUACAUAAAGUGUAAGUUACAUAAUUACUAAGAAUGCUUUCAUGUCUAUUAAAUUAAUAUAACUAUAUAUGUAUAUACAUACAUCCGUAUACUUACUACAUACAUACAUACUAUUAACGUUUUUAAGUUAUGUUACCUUUUAAUUAAAAAAUGCGGUUAAACUAGUUAAAAAACUUUUAUUACAUCACAAGUUGCUGUUGGCACAUUAAUUUAAUUGAAUUGUUGCUCACGAUUAGUUCAGUGAAAUGUGCAUGUGACCACCAUUCAAUGGGUCGGGAGUUCGUAGCACACACAUCGAAAUCAAAUCACAAAAAAGUCAACACUCAGACAGUUGACACUUUGAUAAUUACGUGAGCUUUUCAUGAAAGUUGGUUUAACCGUUCGGAGGACGCUCUAGCUUGUAAGUUCGUAUAUUUGUGAGCUGUUAUUCUGCGUGAAACCGCAAACUGGCGCAGAAGCUCGGCUCGGUAUAAUGCCAUAUUUUUAUUAUGCUGUUUACCGUUAUAAUUGUGACACUUAAAUUAAUUAUACACUCACAUAGAAAUAAACACAUAUGUAGAUUAUAUUGUUUUCAUUGCGUUCGUAACUUUUAUAUGUGUCAUUUAUUGAUUUUAUUGUUUUAGUUAAAAAAUAAUUAAUUUUAUCGAAGAAAACAAAAGAAAAUGUGCAAUUCAGGUUUACUCUUACGUUUAGAAUUGUGUAUGUAAUUUUACUUUUAAUAAAUUGCAAUUAAUAAUACUUAGUCAAAUCAUAUAAAUGACCAAAUAUGCGUAAAAAAGACAAUAAAUAAUAUGAAAAUGCAUUCUUCACACUAAAACAUUUCGAAACGACUUUCUGUAAUGAGAAGGCCUUUCGAAGCGUUUCCAAUUUUAACCAUUCGAAAAGAAAAUAUUUUACGCAUAUUCGCACAUUGUUCUUUCAAUAACUCAAUAUUUCAAGAUCAUUAAUUUAAGUGAAGAAAAACUGCGAUUUGUUGUUACCUCUUUAUGUAAUCACUUCGAGCCCCCUUUUGUACCACAUGCAAUUCAUUGUUUUUAUAUUGUAUACUUUUUCAUAGCAAUUCAUGCAAAAUUCUAGUUUAGUUUCCGUUUUCCUUAAAUGUCUUUAUAUUUUUUUUUUUUACAAAAGAAAGCAACAAACACCAAUAUUUUCAUAAAAAUUGUAACUAUUUAGGUUUUGUUAAAACACUUAAUUUUUAAGUACUCUUCAUUUUUGUAUAAAUUGUAAUUCUUUAAGUGCAUACUAUAAAAAUAUUAACAAAAUUAUAAGCGUAUACAUACAUAUACAUUAUUACUUUAAAUGCUUUUUUCUUUAAAUUAUGUCAAAUAAAAUAAUCAAAAAUAAAUAUUUACAUAAAUGAAAAAUCGAAGAAAUACCUUUGCGCUUUUAUUUUAAUAUCUUUUUUUUUAUUGUACAAAAUAUCAUCAACGAAAAACCCUCAAAUCACUGAUAUCAAUCGACAAAUCAGUUUUGCGCCAUCACAUUUCCACCACUAAAAGUCACCAUGCGCAAUACCACUUUUCAAUACACCACCCACAACCACCAAUCACAAUUCACCACCGACACCUAAGCAAUAAUCAAGUAUCACCAUUUCCAACACCCUCCUCAAUUGUCACUCGAAAUCAGUUAGGCAUAAAGCAAUGACCUUAAGUAAUGCAAAAAAUAACAACUUACCUGAGAUUUCGUCAUAAAAAUCAUCCAAAACUCAUUACCAUGAUAGUAUACUUUUUUUUUAAAUUUUUUCAUACUUUUUUUUAACAAAAAAACGUGCCUUUUAAGCCUGUCAAAUUGACCACUAGUAGAAAAAUUACCAUUAAGUUUUGAAUUAGUUUUAUAUAUUUUUUGUUUCGGUUGCUCUGGCAUAAGAAAAGUCUAAAAUAUAAUUUGUUUUGUAAUUUUUUCGUUUGUUUUUUUUGUAAUGAGAUCAACGUGCUGUUAAAGCUAUAUAUAUUACUUUGAAUCAGUAUAUAUAUAUAUGUAUAUUGUUUUUGUUUCGGUUGCUCUGACAUCACAAAGAAUCAUAAAAGAUAAAACACAUUUUUUUUUCACUGAAAAUGCUCAAUAGUAAAAGAAUAAAUAUAUUUAUGUAACAUUUCUUUAAACAUAAGUACAUACAUAACACACAUUUGUACCGAUAAACAGUACCUCCAUUAAUUCACUUGAGUACAUAAAGACAUUUGUCAUUUCAAAAAACGGUAUAAGUGAAGAAUAAAAGGCGAGUAUGCCUGCUGGGUACAUUUUCUACACCGUACUACUACAUACAUACAUACAUACAAGAUUUCUAUUAACAUAUUGUAAAAGUAACAUAAUAUCUAUUGUAUAUACAAAAUAUAUACAAAAACAAACAUAAACAUACAUAUUUGUACAAGUGUAAUUAUGUUGUUAUUGCUGUUAAAAUACAUACAAAGCUACCUACGUAUUAUUUUGAAUUAGGAUUCGUGAAUGCGAGUCAUUGAGUCAGUUUGUUGUUUAAUGAUGUAGUAGAUAGUACCGUUAGGGACGCAAAGCGAAGAAGUGAUCCACAAUUGUUUGUUAAACUUAAAUAAAUAUUUAAAAGAAAUAGAAAACACCUCACAAAUGGGUGAUAUGAAGCGAACGCUGGAGGAUCAAGGUAUAUAAAUUUAUCAAAAUGCUUUCAGAGCGGCAUUUUAUGGAUUAAAAUUGUUGAUUUGAACGAUUCCAUAGAGUGCUAGUAUGCAGUACAUAUUUCCACCUGUGCUAUAAUGGAACAGAUAGCUAUUAAAUGUAGGCAAUGAAAACUAUAUGACGCCAAUGUUAGAACUGAAAUUUCCAAAUGCGUUCUGCGCCUAAAAGUAUGCAAUAAUUUUGGCUUCGAUUGAGUAUUGUAUCUCAAUAAGCAUCAAAGUGGGUAAAAUUAAAAAAAUUAUGCUUUUAGUCGCAUUUUGGCUUACCAUUGCAUUUCCGAAGUUAUUGCAGAUUUUUGAAAAUCAGUAAAAAGGUACUUUUUAUAGUAACAGUUAACAUGUACAACACGAUUUCAACAGCGAUGUGUUUCGUAAAUUUGUAGAAAAACAGUUAGGCAUAUUAUUUGGCGCUAAAAACUGCGCAACAGUUACUACAGCAAACUGCAACGGAGGAAUAUUGUAUGCAAAUAAACGAGUUAGGAAUAUUUAAGCAGAGUUGACAAAAAUUAGUGACAAUUUCGUAAAGCGCAUAAAUAUGCCAAAAAGCGCUCACUCAAACUUCAACAAGCAAUCCACAAAAUGCCGCAGCAAUACGGCCCUGUUUGAGAACAAACCCACAUUUUUUUUGGAAACCAACUACACCAAUAGUGAAAAAUAAUCAAUAAAAUCAAAAAAAAUAAUGUCGUGUUACAGAGCAUAGUUAUUGUUUAGAAGCGUUAAUUAAGGCAGUCAUUGUUACAUACAUACAUACAUAUACAAUUUAAAUAUAUAUUUUAACAUUAUCAAUAACAACGCGUUGUCAUAUGAAUUUGUGCAAUAUAAACACACACAUACACUUAUAAAAAAAUAUUUAAAAUAAGUUAACUAUUUGUUAAAUAUCAAUAUUUUAUUUUUUUGAUUUGCCUUUGCGUUUUAUGUUCUCUUGUUUCAAACUUUUUGCAAAUAACAUGUAAAUUAGAAAGUAGUUGAUGAAAAGUGCUUUCACUAAGUAACAACAACCAUUUCGUUGUUACAAUUAACUUUAUUAUAUGGUGAUUUUAUAGCUAGUGCGCCUGUAAGUAGGCUAGAAAAGAUUACAAUAGAAGUUUUAUUUGAUAAAAAUUAAAAACUUAAAGAAAUUAAAUAAAAUUAAAAAAUAAGGCAACUCAAUAAUGCAUCACUUGAUUGUGAUUUACUUUUUAGCAUUCAUAUAAAAGUAAAUGUAGUAAUUUUUUUCUUCAGCAUUGGUGCGAUUCGAAAAUGUUUAAUUGUUUUGGACAAAAUCAUGUUUGCUAGGCCUUAAAAUGUAUUAAAUUCAUAAUAUUUAAUAUUAAAAAUUAUUAGUAAUUAUAAAAGUAUGUUUCAUGUUUAAAUAAGUUGUUGUUGAGUAAGGCACACAAUUACACAUACACACAUACAUACACACAAUAACACAGCCUUAUACAUAUAUUUAUAUAUAUACACUCGUUAAAUGCAUGUAGAAAUGUGCGAAUUUUUGCAGUACAUAAAACAAACACACAUUAAAAAAUAGCAAAAAAAAAAAACCGUUAAAGAAAGAAAGAACAUAAGAGAAUCAAUGCAAUAUUCAGCGAAAUUCAAAUUUAAAUACCUAAUAGAAAUAGAAAUAGAAAUAACUAAAGUAUCGUUGACAACUGUAAAGUACUGUUAUGUAAAUUCAAUUCAACUUAUCAAAUACAAUUCAAUUAACUCAAUAAUAAUGUAAUGUAACAAGUAAUUAAAUGAAUACAUAUAUGUAAGUAAUAAGUUGUAAAAGCGAAAAUAUAUAUACAUACAUACAAACAUACAUAUUAUAUGUGAAAGUACUAAUUUUAGUAGGCAAAUUAAUUAAAAUGGUAGUUAAAAAGAUUUAUUAAAUAAAGAUUAAAAUAAUUGAAAAUAAAAAAUAUUAAAAAUUCAAAUUUAAGCGAAAUUCCCGCAUUUCCCAGCAUUCCCAUUUUUGGCACACAUAGAACGACUCGCAGCCUUCCGAUUCUCUCCGUUAAGCAUACUACAUAAGUACAUACAUACAUAUUCAAACAUAUAUCCAUACAUGUUUGCAUAGAGCAACACCGAAUUGGAUCAUCAACAAAUGAGCAUGCGCAACCAAAAACCAAAUUUAAUUAUAUUUCGCAUACAACUACCAACAUUCUCGUAAAUACACGUGUCAAAAUUUUGUAGAAUCUACAUAAGCUCCGGAAUACACAUAUAUGUAUAUAUUUGAGUGAGUUAGAAAAUAUACUCAGAGAGAAAACCAGCGCAGAAGAGAGAUGGAUAAAGAAACUGAUACGGAACUGUUGAAACAUAAAAAUUAUGUAAUACUUUCCAAAAAAUGCAAAAGUCUUUGUUAAAUUUGAUUUACAAGUAGUCUUGACUUUUUUGAAUGAGCCAUCAAGAGGAACAAUCCGUUGACUAAAUUUUUAACUCGCUAAAUAAUCGGUGUUGAUAUUUUUGCAGGCAAGUCCAUUGUAUACUACCAUACAAGUAUAUACUAAAUAUAAUAGUUUUCAGAAUUUUUUUUGUAACAUGCUCUUGAAAGUAAACGUAGAGGUUUUCUGCUAAGUGUACAGUGCAAUAUACAAUUUAAUUUCUGGAGUUACAUAAACUCGUUGGAAAAUUAUUAAAAUACACACACGUAGGUAAGAUUCAGCUUAAAGGCAUGUGAGUCAAAUCCAUUACUGAGCCUGUUAAUCCAUUCAGAUUAAAAACGUUACUAAGACGACUCCUAAUAUACCGUUUUGAGAGAGUAUCUCAUCGAAUACUAAAACUAUCAUGGGUUUACAUCGUUUUUUUAGAAGAGACUCAUUAUUAUUUGCUCUCCUCUAUUAUUUCAAGUUCUUUUGUUCUGACAAUUUGCAAUAAAAGAAUAUACAUUUUUAGUUUACCUCUUGUCACUAGUUAGCAUAUCCUUCAAUCACAAUCACACACUCGCACUCAACACACACGCCCAUUUGCACUCGUAUAUCAGAAAUUUAAAAUGCCAAGUCACAUGACAACCCCACAAAUACACAAAUUCAAUUAUUAUUUCAUAAACAAGAGUUUUUAUUAUAUACAUAUAUGCAUAUACACAUACAUAUAUAUAUGUACGUUUUCACAGUCAAACAGUAACAAGAUCAGUUACAAGUAACUACAACAAACAUACAUACCUACUUCGCAUUCUCAUUCGCAUCUUUACAGAAUCAGCUUAAAUCAAAACAGUGCGGAACAGAGUGCAUCGAAUAAGUACAAGUAUGAGUACGAAUACGAUUACGAUUACAAGUACAAGUUUCAGAGUUUGACGCAAGUCAUGUCAUAUUCGCUCAUAAUACAUAAAAUAUAACAUUUAUUACAGACAGAUAACGGCAAUGUUGUCCAUGUGCCGUUAUAAAGCCUUAACAAUUUAGACAAAAACAAAACAAAAAAAAAAAAAAAACAAAUUG